AUGAACAACUGUAACGGCAGGAGGGUGUGUGAACUAAAGGUCCGUGGCAUUGUUAAUUCUGAUCCCUGCCCUGGGACCGCCACAUACCUGGAAACCACCUACUACUGCUUGCCAGCAAUUCACUUUGCUACAUGUGAGGGCUCUUUGGCACACCUCCAGUGCGAUGAAGGACAGAUUAUAUUUGUCUACGGUGCUCACUAUGGACGCCAUGACAAGACCACAUGUUCUUACCAAUGGCCCGCUAGAAAUAUUGAAAACGUUGCCUGCUCCAGCCCUACUCACUUAGUUGCAGACAGCUGCAAUGGAAAAAACCGCUGCACUAUCAGUGCAACCAAUUCCGAGUUUGGAGACCCUUGUGGCGGCACUUACAAGUACCUGGAGGUGGCUUACACUUGUAUCCUUCGUCGGGAUUAGCUUCCAAACAAUAAACCUCUUAACAUACUGAUAUUCCUGUAAUAUCAGAAGAAAGAAAACCCCAUGGAAAUUAAAUGGUGCAUCUCAAAG